AUGGCCGGCAACCGUCACCGCAAGGAUGCUUGGCUCGUGUUCGCCUUUCUCAUCGUGGUGCAGAUCGUCUGCUUUCGUGGAAGCCAGCGCCUUCGCUCCCAUCUCGCUCCUCAAUCAAUAGCAUCUCCUGCUCGUAUACAAUGGUAUAAGCGAUCGGAACUUCCUGCGUUCGAAGUAUUCAAGCACGCAUCGACGUCGAUCACAGUCACCACAACUGCGUCGAGCAAGGCUGCUACCUCAACAAAGAAGCAAAAGCAGCACCAUUCCUCGACCACAUCUGCGAAGACAGAGCCAACUUCGCCGUCGCAAGACCCACACGAGGAACCCGACCCGGUAGCAUGUCAGCCCAUACCGGUCGAUCGAUCGCCAAGACAUGUUUGCAAGCAUGUCGUCCAGCAUUGCUCCGCCUCGGGUCACUUUGACUACCUCCGCUUCUACUACUGCGUCGGCGUCUCCUCCAAUGAACUCGAACAUGGACCGCCUUCCGAUCCCAGCCCUGGCAAGCCGCGCUGGCAACCGGGCAUCUCGGUGCUGCGAUUUCUACGACUGUUGUGCAUCCUCGUGUGGAUGCUGUUUCUCUUCAGCUGGGUCGGCGUGGUGGCCAGCGACUUCUUUUGCCCCAACCUCAGCACGAUCGCAUCUCGUCUCGGCCUCAACGAAAGCACCGCCGGAGUAACCUUUCUCGCUUUCGGCAACGGAUCUCCGGACGUCUUCUCCACCUUUGGCGCCAUGAAGACCAAUUCGGGAUCGCUGGCCAUCGGCGAGCUUUUAGGUGCCGCCUCAUUUAUCGUUUCGGUCAUCUCGGGAUCCAUGAUGCUCAUCGCCCCCUUCAAGGUCAAGGCUUGGCCCUUUUGCCGAGAUGUCGGCUUUUUCACCAUCGCAGUCGCCCUCACGCUCACCUUUCUUUUUGAUGGCAAGCUGAGGCGAAGCGAGACCAUCGCCCUCAUCGGCCUCUACUUCCUCUAUGCUACCACCGUCAUCGUCGGCUCGUGGUGGCAGGAGCGUCGACGCAAGCAGAAACGCAGGCUGGAGGCUGCUAGGGACGAGUACGACAGCCAGGCAGACGAUCGAUCCAUCCUCAGCCGUGGCAGCAUUCGAUCCGAAUCAAGAGGUCAAGCGACCCUUUCCGCUUCCCAACGUCUGCUAAGCCCGUCGGAAUACGACCCCGACUUUGACCCUUUCGAAGACUGGGCAAAUCGCAGAGCUGACCACAGUGGCGCAUCUACUCCCGAUUAUCCGCGCAACGGCAGCCGCGCGCCGUCCGUUCACACUCCAGGCUCCUCCAAUUCGCGUGCAACGAUCAAGGCAACGCUUAGUGUUCGUCCCCACCUGGUACCACGCCAUUCCCUGCUCUCUGCCAUCGAGUUCCGCGAUGUGGUCCAGAGCCUUCGUCGCGACGCCACCGCAGAUCGCUCUCAGGAGAUCUUCCAGAGCUGGGAUCCCGAACGUUUCCUGCCGCAUCAUCACCACGGCAACCAACACAUGCACCUCACCACAAGUGCUUCCGGGGAGCUCCGCACCAACAAUCAGAGCAGUCCAGACCGAUCUCGCCGUGCGGGGCACAACCGCGUGCUGAGCCUCGGUCUCGGCGUCGCGUCUCAGGCCGGUCUGGCGAGGAGCGCAUCAACGAGCUCGGGUCGUCGACGUAGAACAGUUGGUGCUCAUGACGGCGCAAGCCAGCAUGGGGACAGCCACGACCAAAUCGAGGCUUCCGGGAGUCGGGUUGGCGUCAGUGUAGAGGCAGGAAGCGUCGACGACCCCUGGAGAGAGCACCUUCCCGGCGACGCUUGCGAGCCUCUCGUCUCGCCCGCCUUGCCCUUGGACAACUCAUCUCAGCAAGACCCUCUACACCAGACGACAUCGCGCAGAGCGCUUCCCAGACUCGAGAUUCCAGAAUGGGACACCAAAGCGAGCAGAAGCGAACAAGCACGGCGCGCCCCCCGGGGCAACAAGCGCGAAAACACGGCAAGGUUUGCGGAUCAAGGAUCGUCGGGCAGCUCUCCGGUUCACAAAGACAAUCUGGACAACUUUGCGAGCCAGAGGCGCGUGCGACCGACACGAACAGCCGGCGAGCUGCUUGCGUGGAAGUUGCGAGUCAUCUUCAAUGCGCUCUUUCCCUCGCUGCGCCACUUGCACGCCAAAUCUCUGCUCGGUGCCGCCAUCAGCGUUGCUACAUCGCCUGCUAUCCUGCUGCUCAAUCUGACGCUGCCUGUGGUGGAUGACGAGGCCGAACGCGCCGAGCGCGAAGUUGAUCCGGCCGAAGCCGAUGGGAUCGGUGCAGUGCGACUCGAAGGAGACGAGGCACCUCUGCGCGCUGAGGGUCGCUCAUCGGAGGAUGGCCCCGCUGCAGACCUGGCCACAUCGGCAUCAACACACACGCAACUUUGGAGUGCAGAGGAGCGGGCAGAGGCGAUCGAGGACGCCGAACACGAUGCUAAUGUACAUCGAGAUCAAGAGAUUGCAUCGGCGUUGCGGCAUCUGCCCUCUAUGGGUGGGUCUCCGCUCUCGUUUGGAAGCAGUCCCACGGGUCGAGCGGGUGCUGGUAUACACUUGCCUGCAGCCUCGUCGUCGCUGCCGCUGGAUCAGCAGACACACGACACAGCGAGCUUCGUUAGUAAUGAGAGCUGUGAAGCCGAGGAUCAAGAGAUGCGGCGCUCGAUUCGACGCUUCCUGCUCCUUUGCCAAAGCGUGUGCGCACCCACGUUUGUGACGUGGGCUAUUGUGUCGUCGUCCGGCGCGCCGCACGUCGGGCUCAAGGUGGCAGUGGCGGCAGCGGCUGGCGCAAUGUCAGCGCUGUUCUCGUUCUGGGCCAUGAGGCGCCAAGAUUCCGGCAGAGCGCGAUUCUCGGACCGGACGCUGUCAGCGUUUGCGAUGAUCCGAUGCUCGAUGGGAUUUGUCGUGUCGGUCAUGUGGAUCAUGACGAUCGUUGACGAAGUGGUCUCGAUUCUGCAGACGGUAGGCAUCAUUGUAGGCCUAUCAGACGCCAUCCUUGGGCUGACAGUGUUUGCCGUGGGCAAUUCGCUCGGUGAUCUGGUGGCCAACAUCACAAUCGCCAGGCUUGGGCACCCGGUGAUGGCGAUCAGCGCCUGCUUUGCCGGGCCCAUGCUCAACCUACUGUUGGGCAUCGGCAUCUCUGGCACUUGGUUGCUAUCGGACGGGCGCAGUCACUGGGGUCACGAUGGAGCGACCGGCGUCUAUCCGAUCGACUUCAACCCGACGCUGCUGGUAUCCGGAUUGGGACUGCUGCUGAUCCUCGUUGGGACGCUGAUUGCGGUUCCUAUGAACCGGUUUGAGCUCACUCGACCGAUUGGCGUGUCGCUGAUUGCGGCUUAUGGGCUUAUCAUGACGGUCAACCUUCUCACCGAGAUCUUUUGGGUUCGAGGACACACUGUAUUAUAG